AUGAGAAACAAAUAAACUGAAAUAGCUUCAAUAAAUAUGAGUUGUAAUUUAUACAAAAGAAAUUGUGAUCUUAUUUCUGGAUGCAGUGUUAUCAAUUCAAAAAAUAUUAACUAAAUUUUGUGCCAAUCAUGUGUUGAAGCUUUAUAAGAACAACUUAAAGUAAAUGCGGAAUAGAUGAGUGAAAUUUUGCAAGAAUACUAAUAGACAAAAGCAUUCUUCGUAUCAAAUAAUUUAGUCGAAAUAGUUUCUAAUUCAAUUUUUAUUAAAACUCUUGAUAUUUCAGAGCCUCUAAAAAAUUUACUUAAAAAUUCUAAAGAAUUUCAAUACAAUAGAAAUUUAACUAAGCAAGAUUUUUACAAUUAUUGUCAAUAAAGAGUUCUUUAUAAAUAAUUAUUUGAAGAUCAAUUACUUAAAAAAAAAAUUGAUAACGCAUCCAAGGAUUUCAAAAGCAUUUUAAAAUAAUAUUUUUAUGAUUAAGAAGAAAUUCCUGUUUUAUUUAUUUAAAUUUCAAAAUACUAAUAUCGCAUACCUUAUUUUAAGGUUUUAUCACAUUAUUUCCUAAUUUUAAAAUAUAAAAUUGAAUCAGAAUAAAAUUUGACUAUCAACAAUAGAGAAAUAGAGGAAGAUAUAAUAAGUGAAGAAUAUUAUCCUGAUAUUUUAAUUUCAAUUUAUGACUUAAGAAGCAAAGAAAUCAUUUAUGAUGAUAUUUUAGAAGAAACUUAUGAUCUAGGGGGUUUGUAGGAAAAUCAAAUUGCCUCUUAUUUACUAGAAUCAAAAAAAAUUAUUUAUGUGGGUAUAAGAAAGACUUAUUAUUAAAUUAAUUUAAACCCUAUAUAAUCGCCAAUAGAGAUAAAACCCUUUAUAAGAUUUUAAGUAAUUGGUGAUUACCUCAUUUAUAUUGAAUCAAAAAGUUUACUAAAAUAUGACGUAAAUAAUUAUGAGGUAAUUUAGAGAUAAGAUAGAUUUAGUAAGAAUUUGUUAGAGAAGGAAAAUUAUUAUGAUUAGAAAAUCAAUUCUUUUAUCAGAUAUCAUUUUCCAUAGAGCAAUUACAAUGAAAAUUUAGAAGUUAUACAAUUAUAUACAUUAAAAUGCACAAAAAGAAUUAUUUUUGCAAAUUACGGAAAAUAUUUCUAUUAACUCUUUUUUUCUCGAUUUUAAUAUAAAUACAUUGAGAAAAAUAGAACAAUUGUGAUUAUUCAUCAAUUCUCUGAAGAUUAAUAAUUUUUUAUUCUUUAAAAUUUGAUAACAAGUAAAAUUAUUAGAAAAAUACCACUUUCAUCUAAACACCUCAUUAAAAACUGCUUUCUUUUAAAAAACUAGACCUUGAUAUGUUUAGAAUAUGAAUCAGAUUAAGUAGAAAUAUAUCAAAUGUCUACAGGAAGAUAGAUUCUUAGCUUUGAGUAUUUAUAAAUAUAUCCAAUCAUGUAAGAUGAAUAGCUUGCGAUAAGUUUUUAAGAAGAUGAUAUAAAAAUAUUUAAAUUAGCCAAAUGA